CUGCACUGUACACACUCGGUCACCUUGAAUAUUUUUUUCGCUCUCUCGCUCGCUUUCCUAUUAUCUCCAUUCAAAAACCCUCUCUUCGCUCGCUCGUUUUUGCUCUUUCUAACGCCAUGAUUGCGCAGAUCAGGCUAUAACCUCCUUUUCUGCUUUCCUUCAAAAUAUAAGUCGGAGAAACGAUUUUUUUUUUUUUAAUUUUUUGGGGUUAUGCGUUAGCUUUUUGCUUUUUUCUUUCCCCCCUUUCAUCUCCUUUAUUUUUGUGCUUGAAAAACGAAGUUUCGAUGUCUGCUGCUCCUUCCACUUCAUCUUCUUCCACGUCGAAGAAAUGCUUCAAUUCGGAUUGUGUGGACUUCAAAUCCAGGAAAGGUUGGCGGUUGCGCUCCGGAGAAUUUGCGGAGCUUUGUGAUCGAUGCGCUUCUGCUUAUGAGGAGGGGAGAUUCUGUGAGACUUUCCACUUGAGUGCCACUGGUUGGAGAUGUUGCGACUCAUGUGGAAAGCGGGUUCAUUGUGGAUGUAUUGUUUCAAUUCAUGCUUUUACACUAUUGGAUGCUGGAGGGAUUGAGUGCAUGACGUGUGCAAGGAAAAAUAUUGUUUUGACAUCAAAUAGCGCAUGGCCACCUUCUUUUUUUUAUAAUACUCCCUUGUCUGAGAGGUUUAAAGACCUUUCUGUCAAAAGUUGGAGUCAAUUAGCUGGAUCAGGUCCUGUACCAUGGAGGCAAGCACCCAGUUUGUUCAAUUCCUCUAUUCCUCAUUCUGAAUUGCAUCCAAGGAAUCUAUAUGAAAUUGACCGACUCAAUCCUAGUGAAAGAUCUUCUGCCCCUUCUCUAGAAAAAGGGAGAGUAGAGGAUUUUCCUGACAGAUUAGUAAAUGGGAGCUUGAAACUUGGCACAAGAGAUAUUCUUGAAAACGGAAAUGCAGGAACCAGCAGUGAGGAGAAACCUGGUGUGUGCUUAGGUAUAUCACAGCACCCUGUUUUAAAGGAGGAUCCUUCUACACCACAGCUUGGGAUGGCUAUAUCUUUUGCGUCGCUGAAUGAAUCUAAUGGUCAAAUUGGAGGCUUGGGAACUCCUUUACGGCAAACUGCUCCACCUUUGCUUGCAAAGCAAUUUCAUGGUAAUUUGCAUAAUGGAGUUGACUCAUCACCUGAUACCCAGAUUCGCAUUGGAAGGCCUCGAGCAGAUGCCCGUGGGAGAAGCCAGUUACUUCCUCGGUAUUGGCCUAGGUUUACUGAUGAAGAGCUACAGCAGAUCUCUGGAAAUUCAAAUUCUGUAAUCACCCCUUUGUUUGAGAAAAUGUUGAGUGCUAGUGAUGCUGGGCGAAUUGGGCGUUUGGUUCUGCCGAAAAAAUGCGCAGAGGCCUAUUUUCCACCAAUCUCACAUCCUGAAGGGUUACCUCUUAAGGUCCAGGAUUCUAAAGGGAAAGAAUGGGUAUUUCAGUUCCGCUUCUGGCCUAAUAAUAAUAGCAGAAUGUAUGUCCUGGAGGGGGUAACUCCUUGCAUACAGAACAUGCGAUUGCAAGCAGGUGAUAUAGUGACAUUUAGUCGAUUAGAGCCAGAAGGAAAAUUGGUUAUGGGAUUUAGAAAGGCUUCUACUGCUCCAUCAUCUGAUUUGGAUAAUGAUACAAGUAAGGCUGGUAAUGGCGUUUCUACAAAUGGAGAUGUUGAAUUGGUUGAUCCUAGUCCUUGGUCUAAAGUUGACAAGUCAGGAUACAUAGCAAAAGAAGUUCUUGAAGCAAAAUCUUCAAUCAAGAAGAGGAAGAGCAGCACAUUGGGUUCAAAGAGUAAGCGCCUGAGAAUUGAAAAUGAAGACAUGAUAGAACUGAAGCUAACAUGGGAAGAAGCACAACGACUGCUCCGCCCUCCUCCUGAUCAUGUUCCUAGUGUUGUCAUGAUUGAGGGAUUUGAGUUUGAGGAAUAUGAGCUUGUGAUGUUUCAAUACUUGCAUGUGCUAUGGCAGGAUGCUCCAAUACUUGGUAAGGCGACAAUUUUUGCAACUGAUAAUUUGGGCCAAAAAAUUCAAUGGGUUCAAUGUGAAGAUUGUUUUAAAUGGCGCAAAUUGCCUGCCAAUGCUCUUCUUCCUUCCAAAUGGACGUGUUCUUCCAACUCUUGGGAUCUAGAAAGAUCAUUGUGUUCAGCAGCUCAAGAACUGACGGCUGAACAGCUUGAAGAUCUGCUACCAUCUUGUAAUUUAGUAGCUGCAUCCAAGAAAAUGAAAGCUGCUAAACAGGAUGCAGAAAACGAAGCAUUGGAAGGGCUUGACACACUGGCAAACUUGGCUAUUUUAGGAGAGAACGAGGCACUUCCAACUUCAUCUCAGGCAACCACAAAGCAUCCCAGGCAUAGACCUGGCUGCUCCUGCAUUGUGUGCAUUCAGCCUCCAAGUGGAAAAGGCCCCAAACACAAGCAGACAUGCACAUGCAAUGUGUGCCAAACGGUAAAGCGUCGUUUCAAAACGUUAAUGAUGAAGCGUGAGAAGAAGCAAUCAGAGAAAGAAGCAGAAACCACAAGGAAAAAGCAGCAGGAAACUUUGCCUGAGAAGUUGCUGGAUGAUGACCCCUCACCAUCUACAAACACUGGGAGUAGCAGCCCAAACAAGAAAAAGGUGGUCAGUGAAGGAUCUGAUGAUGAUCCUAACAGAAGCAAAUCUUCCACUUCACCUUUUAAAGGCCAAAUAGACCUGAAUAUCCAGCCAGAGCGAGAGGAAGAGUUGUCACCUGGUUCAGAUUGUGGAAGCAUGAUGAAGAUGCUUCAAGAUGCCAGGCAGCAGAUGUUGAGCUCUGAUGGUGACAAUAUUUCAGCAGGUAAUCAACUACUGGCAGGACAUGGAAUGGGUGAAAAUAUCAGCAAUGGCAUCUCGCUUGGCACUAUUCAUCAAGAAUCCCAAAAAGAUCAUCCUUCAGCUUUCUCUAUGAAAGUGUCUGCAUCGUCUCCAGCAGCUGGAUAGAAAAUGCCUCAAGUAAAGCAAUGCUGUAUUAAACAUCCAGGGAGGAUUUGGGAGCUAAUUCUGGGGAUAGUUGUUUGUACAUACCACAUCAGCAUGGUGCUGUUUGUUCUGUACAUAAAGGUAGAGUCGGAAGUGGGUAACAACAUGGUUGAGAAACCAAUAAUUUUGCUGAUUCAUAGUCAUAGUGUUGUCUACUGUAAUAUAAGCAGAUGCUGAUUAGUUUAGUGUAGUGUAGUUUCAGUUUAGAGAAGGGGGUGACGAUCAGUUAAUCAAGUGGGUAGUAGGUUGAAGCUAUGUACUUCAUUUUUAAGAGCUCACCACUAUCCUAAUCCAGGAUAACGGUAAUGUAACUAAAAGGCUGUGCGAGUUUUUUUUAUCUUCACUUGGUUGAAUGAGAAAUUGUCAGUAAUUCUAGCUUUUAUAA